AUUUGAAUUAAAUUUGAUAAAAAAAAUUAAAUAUUAAUUUUCGAAACCGAUAUACUGUAUAAGAUUUUUGUAGUAUGAAAGUAUAUAUUAUUAAAAAAUAAUGACUUCUUUUAAAAAAUCAUUUGUGAAACCAUUUGCUCGCCCCAGCGAGUUAUAUACUGUCGAAGAUUCUUAUUGGAAAAAACUCACAAGUCCUGUUUUGGUCAAAGAAUUUGGUCCCAUAGACUAUGUUAAUUUUUCACGACGUGCACCAUAUCAUUUUGCAAUUUCAUGUUCUGCUCGAGUUCAAGUUUAUAAUCCUGUUACAAAAGUUGUAACUAAAAAUCUCAAUAAAUUUAAAGAAGCUGCUUAUGGUGCAACAUUUCGUGCAGAUGGUCAUUUAUUAUGUGCUGGUGGUGAAGAAUCUGUUGUGAGAUUAUUUGAAGUUAAUACAAAGUCUAUGUUGAGACAGUUCAGGGGACAUAAAGCUGCUGUUCACCGUACAUUUUUCACAAGAGAUGGACAUCAUAUUGCAAGCUUUUCAGAUGACAAAACUGUUUCUUUAUGGGAUAUAAGUAGUCAACAAAUAAGUGGACAUUAUGAAGGAUAUCAUAAUGACUACAUCAGAGCAGGCUGUGUUUCUCCAGUUUCAGAAAAUAUAGUUGUUUCUGGUGGCUAUGACAAACAAAUUAAUAUGUUUGAUUCAAGAACUAAAUCAGUUACUAUGUCAGUUGAUCACGAAUCACCUGUAGAAAGCUUAAUAUUUUUACCUUCGGGCAGUUUACUCAUAUCUGCUGGUGGUACUGAGGUCCGAAUAUGGGACGUUUUAGCUGGUAAGUUGUUGGCUAAACUCACUCAAAACCACAAGACUGUAACUGCAUUAUGCUUGGCUAAGCAAGGUACAGCUAUCGUAACCGCCUCAUUGGACAAGCAUGUUAAGAUUUACAAUGUAUCAACAUUCCAACUAUCACAUGACAUUACUUAUCCGAGUGCUGUACUUAGUAUUGAUAUAAGCAGAGAUGAUAAAACAAUUGUAGCUGGAACAGUGGAUGGCAUUGUGAACAUAACUAAACGUGACACAUCAGUAAAACAUAACAAUGAAAAUAAAAAGCGGCAAGCCAGAGCAGCUGCAAUUGUUCAAUCUGAUGGAAUUGAUAUGACUGUCCCAAUAAUGCAACCUGAUCAAAUGAGCAAGUUCGAUAGUGCUCUUAGGAAAUUUAAUUAUAGUCAAGCAUUAGAUUUAGUCUUGGUUCAUGCAGUUGCAUUCAAGAAACCCCAUAUAACAGUUUAUGUGUUUGAUGAAUUAUGCAGGAGAAAUGGUUUAGUGCAAGCAAUAUCUGGCAGAAAUUCAAAACAAUUAGCAUUUUUAUUGAAUUUUAUUGUUCGUUACAUUGGAGUUAGGAAGUUAUCUAAAACAUUGACACAUGUUGCUUCAACAGUUAUUGAUUGUUAUUGGGAUUCAUUCGACACUUGCACCCUUGAAGUUCGUGCACUGCUCACAAAACUACAUACAGUUGUUGAAAAUGAAAUAUUAUUGACUAAAAGAUUGUUAACUAUUGAUGGAUUAGUUAAAAUGUUACUUAUUAGCUCUGAAGUAUUACCUGAUGCUACUCAGACUGAAAAAAUUGAUAAUAAAAAUGUUGUUAAAACUUAACUGUGAGUUGUGUUUUUAUUCUUGUAUUUUAAUUUUUAAUUUAUGAACACUUCUUGACGUUUUUAUUUAUUUUUUUAAUGUUGAAAAAAACAAUAAAUUAAAUAAAUAUAGCAAAUUUUACAUCAGGCUAAUGUAUAAAUCAACCAACCAUUUGUAAUUUUAAUGUUUUUACUUUUAUAUAACUGAAUAUAACAGUGAAUUUUAUGAUUUAUGAUAUUUAUUAUUUAUAUAGGGUGGUUUAUUAAGAACACAGGAUUUUAAUUUAGUUAUUACUUUAUAAAAAAAAUAUAUUAAAAAGUGAAUUGUA